GCAGCGAAGGCGGUCAGUCCCAAGGAGCUGGUCUCCAAUACAAAACGAGUUGCGUGUAGUUAUACGUGUAUGGAACCGUAAAUUCUGCGAAUACAUGUAUUAUUGAAAAAAUGGCAACGCAAGACGAAAUUGGCAUCGGAGAUUUGGUCCUUUUGGAUAAGAUCACAUUAGAAACAGUUGUGGAUAAUUUGCGAAUAAGAUUUAAUGGGGGUAAAAUUUACACAUACAUUGGAGAAGUAUGUGUCAGUAUAAAUCCAUACAGAAAUAUAAACAUAUAUGACAAUGAUUAUAUUAAUAAAUAUAAAGGUAGAGAAUUAUUUGAAAAUCCACCUCACAUUUUUGCAAUUGCUGAUGCAGUGCAUAGAGAAAUGAAACAACAAGGUCGUGAUACCUGUAUAGUUAUAAGUGGAGAAUCAGGAUCUGGUAAAACAGAAGCAAGUAAAAUUAUUAUGAAAUACAUUGCUGCAGUUACAAAUUUAAGUGGUCAGCAAGAAAUAGAAAGAGUAAAAAAUAUUCUUAUACAAUCCAAUUCAAUAUUGGAAGCUUUUGGAAAUGCAAAAACAAAUAGAAAUGAUAAUUCAUCUCGAUUUGGAAAGUAUAUGGACAUAGAUUUCAAUUUCAAGGGGGAUCCAAUUGGAGGUCAUGUUACAAAUUAUUUAUUGGAAAAGUCAAGAGUUGUUUAUCAACAAAGUGGUGAACGUAAUUUUCAUUGCUUUUAUCAGUUACUGAAUGGCUGCAGUGAAGGAGAAUUAAAUAAAAUGCGGCUAGUAAGAGAUCCAGCUGCAUACUUCUAUGUUGGUGCUGGAAAUUGUAAUAAAGCAAGUCCAACUGAUAAAAGUGACUAUAAAGCAGUUAUCUCUGCUAUGUCUACCCUUGGAUUCACUCAAAAUGAAGUACAAACAAUUUGGCAUAUGAUUGCUGGCAUAUUACACUUGGGUAACAUUACUUUUAAAUUUAAUGAGGACAAGCUUUUGAUUCAAAACAAAGCUGCAUUAAAUGAUACAGCAAAUUUAUUUUCUAUUAUCCCACAAGAAUUAAGUACAGCUCUUACACAAAGAGUUAUUGCAGCAGGAGGAGAAGUUAUGCAAAAAACUCAUACUUCAACAGAAGCAGAAUAUGGAAGAGAUGCCUUAGCAAAAGCUAUAUAUGAAAGGUUGUUUACUGAGAUUGUAUCACGCGUUAACGCUGCGAUUAAUGUAAAUGACGAGGAAACUUAUAAAAGGUAUAGAACAGUAAUUGGAGUACUUGAUAUAUAUGGUUUUGAAAUUUUUGAUGUAAAUAGUUUUGAGCAAUUCUGUAUUAACUACUGCAAUGAAAAAUUACAACAAUUAUUCAUUGAAUUAGUACUAAAACAAGAACAAGAGGAAUAUAAAAGGGAAGGAAUAGCAUGGCAAAAUAUUGAUUAUUUCAAUAAUCAAAUAAUUUGUGAUUUAGUAGAACAAUCCCAUAAAGGAAUUAUAGCAAUUAUAGAUGAAGCCUGUUUGACAGUUGGCAAAGUUACAGAUGAGAUGCUUUUAGAAGCUAUGGAUAAAAAAUUACUUGAUCAUAAACAUUAUACUUCCCGACAGUUGAAGCCAAUGGAUAAAGAACUACAACAUAAAAUUCAAUUUAAAAUUAAACACUAUGCUGGGGAUGUAAUAUAUAACAUCAAUGGCUUUUUAGAUAAAAAUAAGGAUACACUAUAUCAGGAUUUUAAACGUUUACUUUACAAUAGUAAUAACCCAAUAAUUAGCAAAAUGUGGCCUGAAGGAGCACAAAAUAUUUUAAAAACAACAAAAAGACCUUUAACAGCUGGAGCUCUUUUCCGUAGUUCCAUGAUAGCUCUAGUUAAGAAUUUAACAAGCAAAGAACCAUAUUAUGUUAGAUGUAUAAAACCUAAUGAGAUCAAAUCACCAGUUGUAUUUGACGAAGAAAGGGUAAAUCAUCAAGUACGAUAUUUAGGUCUUCUUGAGAAUGUAUUAGUUAGAAGAGCAGGUUUCGCAUAUCGUCAACGAUAUGACACAUUUUUAAAACGAUACAAAAUGAUAUCUCAAUACACAUGGCCAAAUUUUAGAGGUGGUAGUGAUAAAGAUGGUGUACGUACAUUAAUGAAUGAAAAACAUUUCAGUAAUGAUGUUGAAUAUGGCCAUACUAAAAUAUUUAUUCGUUCACCACGAACACUUUUUGCAUUAGAAAAGGCACGUAGCGAUUUGAUCCCAGAUAUUGUAAUAUUAUUACAAAAACAAUGGAGAGGAUAUUUGUGUCGUCAAAAGUAUAAAAAGAUGAAAGCUGCCCUUGUUAUAAUGAAUCAUUAUCAAAAAUAUAAAAUGCAUGCUUAUAUCAAGGAAUUGGAAAAGAUUUUCCGAAAUGCAAAGACAAUGCGAAAUUACGGUAAAAAUUUAAGUUGGCCUCGUGAAAAUUUCGCCGUAAGGCAUAUAAUAUUUGUUUUGAAAGUAAUGUAUGAAAGAUGGUGGGCAUGGAUGAUCCUCAGGCUUAUCCCUAGGGAAGAUUGGCCUCAACUAAGAUUGAAGAUGGCUGCGGGAAUAGUUUUGCGCUCAAAGCGACUUCAUUGGGGACAAGAUAGACGAUGGGAAGGAAAUUACCUCUCUAAGCCAGAUGAAAAUUCGCAAAGUGAUGUUUUUAAUUCUUCGAUAAAUAAUCUUCGCAAUACUGAUCAUUUUAAAACUGUUUUAUUUAGUGCAUUUGUUAGAAAAACCAAUAGAUUUAAUAAACAAAAAGAUCGUGUAUUAGUAGUUACUGAACAUGCAAUAUAUAAACUUGAAAAUUCUAAAUUCAAAAGUAUGAAAAAAGGCAUGCCAAUAACAGAGAUAACAGGUUUAAGUGUAUCGCCUGGAAAGGACCAACUUGUAACAAUUCAUUCAAAUCGAGGAAAUGAUUUCAUUAUAUCGAUCAUUGCUAAAGAUGAUCGAGUCGGAGAACUUGUUGGCAUUUUAAGCAAUAGAUAUAGUCUGAGUAUAUGUUUACUGUUCAAAAUUUUGUUUGGUAAAUCUUUAUUUCCUUAAUAUAAUAAGAGUAAAAUACUACGAGUCGAAGUACAUCCUGAAGUUAUUGAGCCAACAUUCAAAAAGGAAGGCGAUAAUAUUAUAUUUGCUAUUCCGCCGUCAGUUAGUAUAAUUGACGGAGGUGCUAAUACUAGGUUUCACCCUAGGACUACUAAUUAAAACAG